AUGCGUAAAAGCCUCAAAAAGAGGCUCCCUCUUUCCCAGGAAACAUUGAAGCAGGAACAGUUAAUGAAAACAGAAGAGGAUGGCGAGCAAGGAAUGCUUUUGCAACUCCCAUCCGAGCUGCUUCUGUUGAUUUUUGGUUACGUACGAGGCAGACACUUGGUUCGCCAUGUACGGCUGGUCUGUAGGAAAUUUCAUUGCCUACUGACCAAUCAACAAUGGUGGCUCACCCGGAUACAUAAACUCUCAUCUCAUCAGAUCCGUCUGUCGGAUUGUGAGACAAAAGAGGAAGAAUUCGACGCUGCUCGAAGUUUUGUAGCAAUAGAGGAGGAAGUCCUUCGUUGGGGAAGAUGGUCUCCUAGCAGAAACUUCACUGCCACUGGUCAUAUUGCUACAGUAGAUGCUUUGCGGUUAUUCCCUCACCGCAGUUCUGGUAACAGAUUUUGUCUUUCCGGUGGACGCGACAGGGCUAUCAAGCUUUGGAAUAUCACCGAUUUGGAGGAUCCUCAUCAAGCAUCAACUGCGGCUAAGCCUUGUUUUGACCUUCAAAAUGCGCACGAGGGGUGGAUAUGGUGCCUUGAUCAAUCAGCCAGUAAACCGGACGAGUUCCUUUCAUGCAGCUGGGAUUGUACUGUGAAACUUUGGCAGAUCACACCCACACAUAUUACUCCCAUCGAAAGUACAAAGCUUGGAUCUGCUGGUAUGUGCCUUGGUAACUCCCCAAAUGGUCUCGCAGCAUGUUCAACUUUUGGCAAGAAGGUGUUCAUAAUUGAUACAAAAAACGGUCUCGCUCCAGUUUUGAACUACGCCCACCACAAAGGAGCUGUGCUCACAUUGGCUAUGCAGGAUAAUAUUGUAUAUUCGUGUGGUGAAGAUCGCCGGAUAGUUAUGGUGGAUAUUCGAAAUUCGAGCAAACCUGUGUCUGGAUUGUGGUCGAUGGAUUAUGUACGCUCAGUUUGUUUUCGAAAUAAUCAUCUCAUAUGCGGCACUCAUCUGGGCAUGAUAUCCGUACUUGAUCCACACACCUUAAACGUGUGUUCACGGUUUCAGGUAUCAAAUGGUGUUCGCCAGGUGAUCCAUACAGGUGGAGCAAUUUUGGAAAUCAGUCGGGAUCGCACUUUCAAGGUAAGUCUUCGAUUUUCA